AUGGCAGUGCCUAGCGACAUUAUCAUUCGCUUCCAUUAUCAUGCUACCAAGGAAGCCAUAUUGUGGUACAACAGGAACCACAAGCUCCCCUACCAGGGCAAGACCCUCUCCCUCUUUCAAGAUGUAGCAUCGAGCACGCUCCAGAGACGAUUAGAUUGGAGGCCACUAGCAGACCUGCUAUGCCAACAUGAGAUCCACUUCACCUGGGGGCACCCAUUCAAAAUUGUAGCCUUUAAAGCUGGAAGAACAUAUGCCUACUCUCCGGGCAGAGACCCGCUAAAGUUCCUCCAAGACCUCUCCAUCACCCCUCUACAGGACUUUGCCUUGCCGGGACCGGCGCGACAGGGCCUCAUGGAACUUCCCAGAGACUGGUACACCAUUACAGCAGCAGCAAACCAAGAGGCGGCCUAG